UAACAAAUAUAUUGAGUACGAAAAAAUCUUGUUUUACAUUUGUUCUAACUAAAAAAUAUCAAUUUUAAGGAAUUAAAAAAGUGCACAGUACCUUGACAAGAAGUACCUGUCACAAGUAAUAUCGGAAUCGAACACUGUUUUAUUCCUUAACAAAAGGAAUUGUCGAAGUGAAGAUUAAUUAUCAACUGACAUCAUUUGGAGAAAAAUGUCAAAGAUCGAAGAAGGCAAUGCUCACAUACGGCAAGCCGAGAAAAGCUUAAAAACUUCUUUAUUAAAAUGGAAGCCCGAUUUCGAUUUUGCUGCUGAUGAAUAUACACAUGCAGCUACUUGUUUCCGAAUUGCCAAAUCAUAUCAACAAUGUAGAGAGUGCUUGAUGAAAGCUUCUGAUUGUUACAAACAAAAUAGAGCAUGGUUUCAUGCAGCAAAGAGUAUAGAACAAACUUUAGUAAUUUGCAAAGAAAUGGGCAAUCUUUCAGAAGUACCAAAACUUGCACACAAUUCUUGUUCUUUAUAUCAACAACAUGGUUCACCUGAAUCAGGUGCUACAGUACUUGAUAAGGCAGGAAAAAUGGUAGAAUCCACACAGCCAGAACAAGCUUUAGAAUUGUUUAAGCGUGCAGCAGAUAUUUUGAUGGGUGAAGAUAGUCCAAGACAAGCAGCAGAAUAUAUGAGCAAGGUAGGAAGGCUUUUAGUAAAACUUCAAAUGUAUGAUCAAGCUGCAGAUGCCAUUCGCAGAGAAAUAGGAAUGCAUCAACAAAUAGAUCAUAUACCAUCAGUAGGCCGUCUAGCAGUAGCGUUAGUAUUAGUACAAUUAGCACGUGGUGAUCAAGUUGCAGCAGAAAAGGCAUUUAAAGAAUGGGGCAAUUAUUGUGAUGCACCUGAGGUUCAAACUUUGGAAAUGCUUUUACAAGCAUAUGAUAAUGAAGAUGCAGAUGCAGCUAGAUCUGCUCUAAACAGUCCUUUUAUUAAACACAUGGAUGUUGAAUAUGCAAAACUUGCUCGAGGUUUACCUCUACCACAACAAGUAUAUGCUGUACCACCUGUAGGUAUUAGAGCAAAUGCAGCAGAAUCAUAUGUAUCACCUAAUGCUAACAAAUUAACUGGACAAGCUACAAUUGAAGCUGAAGUCAAUUCUAAAGAUGAUAUUGCUGCUACUGUUGCUGCUGCUGCUGCUGCUGGUGCUGCUGCUGCUACUGCUGCUGCUGCUGGUGCUACUGCUGCUGCAGCUGCUACUACUGUUUCUGUAUCUAGUGAUACAAUGGAACAAAUACCAGAUAAAGUGGAAGAUGAAAUAUCUAAUACAACUCUACACAAUUUGGAUACUAAUGAAGAUUCCGAUGAUUAUGAGGGUGGAUUGUGUUGAUUGCCUUCCUUAUAAAAUACACAAUUCUUAUUUAGAAUUCCAUAUAUAUAGAAUCUAAUUUCAAGUAUUAUUUCUUACAUUAUUCCACUUAAAUAAUAUACAAUGUUAAAGAGGAUAUACGCAGGA